AUGACUUCUGUUGUUUCGAGUGAAGGGAAGAAGCUUGACGAUGUGACAGCUCCUAACCAAAAGGGCACGUCGAAGCAUGGACCUAGCGACAACGAGAAGAACUCAGACAUCCAUACCAAGUUUCGAGAGUGCCAUGAAGGACAUCGAGCACAUGCUGGGCUCGACCCAUCUCGUGCCUCGACCGGCGUAGUGUGGACUUCUGAGCGAGCAUACGAACAUGGCUUCCUCGAGAAUCCUGAAGAAUGGGCCAACCUGGGACAAGGCGCACCUGAAGUCGACGAUGACAUCGAAGGCUCCUUCAAGCGUCCAACAACCCUCAACAUAACAAUGACAGGCCGCGAAUAUGGCCCAACAGCCGGCAUCAAACCUCUCCGCGACGCUGUGGCAAACCUGUACAACGCCCACCACCGCGAAGGCAAGGACAGCAAGUACACCUGGGAGAACGUCUGCAUCGUUCCUGGUGGACGCGCCGGCCUCAUUCGAGUUGCUGCAGUGCUUGGCAACGCAUACCUAGGCUUCUUCAUCCCCGACUACACCGCUUACAACGAGAUGUUGAGCUUGUUUAAGAACUUCUCUGCGAUUCCUAUCCCCCUUAGCAAGGACGAUAAGUAUCAUAUCCAUGCCGACAAGAUUCUAGAGGAGGUGAAGCGAGGUACUAGUGUGAUCUUGACGUCGAAUCCUAGGAAUCCUACCGGUGAAGUCGUAGGUAAUCCGGAGCUGGGGAAGAUCCAGGACAUUUGCCGCAAUCGGGCUACGCUCAUCAUGGAUGAGUUCUAUGGUGGGUACAAUUACACUACUGGUUGCGAUGGGACUGUGAUUAGCGCUGCGGACAAUGUCAAAGAUGUCAAUGUGGAUGAUGUUCUGAUCAUCGAUGGCUUGACGAAGCGCUUUCGCCUACCAGGAUGGCGUGUAGCGUGGAUUGUGGGACCCAAGGACUUCAUCAAGGCGAUCGGCUCCUGUGGCUCAUACCUAGACGGCGGCUGCAAUGUGCCGUUCCAAGAAGCUGCAGUCGAAAUGCUGGAGCCAACGAAAGUCCGCAACGAGAUGAAGGCUCUCCAACGCCACUUCAUGGACAAGCGUGACUAUGUAGUCGGUCGUCUGCGAGACAUGGGCUUUCACCUACCAUACACACCCACCAGCACAUUUUACCUCUGGCUGGACCUCGAGCAGCUUCCAGAAGGCAUCAACGACGGCUUGAACUUCUUCCAGGCUUGUCUUGAGGAGAAGGUCAUCGUCGUACCUGGCAUCUUCUUCGAUCUCAACCCGAGCCGUCGCCGUGAUCUAUUCGACAGUCCUUGCCACCACUUCGUACGCGUGUCGUAUGGACCGAGGAUGGAUCAUCUCAAGAAGGGUUUGGAUGGUUUUGAGCGGGUCUUGAAGAAGUGGAAUGCUUUUCCUGAUAAGCAGAAGUCGAGCCAGGCGAAGGAUAGGUAG